CCAGUUGGCUUCACACAAGCUGCCGCUCAGCCCCUCCUGCAGCCCAGUGUGAGAGCACGCCGAGGCGACGGAGACUCCCAGUCCCGUGUGGUGCAGAGUGCCCGGGGACUGCGCACCGCCUCCGCCACCACACCGGCUGCACGACCGGGAAGGAGCCGGGAUGGCGUCGCUCGGCAUCGGGCUGCAUCUCAACCGCAAGCGGGGAGCCGCCAGGAACGGAGCUGUGGAGAGGAGGAACCUGCUCACAGUGUGCAGGUUUUCAGUGAAGACUCUGCUUGACCGCUCCUGUUUCGAGACAAUAGAUGACUCGUCCCCGGAGUUCACAAACUUUGUUUCAAUCCUGGAGCAUAUCCUCAGUCACCGACUGAAAGGUCAGACAACGUGGUUUGGUUAUGAGAGUCCUCGUACCUUCUGGGAUUACAUGAGAGUCGCCUGCAGUAAAGUGCCUCAUAGCUGCAUCCGAAGCAUUGAGAGCAUGGAGAAUGUGCGAUCAUCCAGAGCUAAGGGCAGGGCAUGGAUCAGAGUGGUGCUGAUGGAGAAAAGACUGUCAGAGUACAUCUCCUCCGCACUGAGGGACUUCAAAACCACCAGGAGGUUUUAUGAGGAUGGAGCGAUCAUGCUGGGAGAGGAGGCGGGGCUGUUAGCAGAUACACUCAUUGGACUUAACACCAUUGACUUCAGCUUCUGCCUGAAAGGAGAGGGUCUGGAUGGCAGCUGCCCCGCCGUGAUCGACUACACACCUUACCUGAAAUUCACUCAGAAUGCAGACAGCAUCAGCAGCGACGAGGAGGAGAUGAGGACUCUGGGCAGCAGCGGCAGUGAGAGCAGCACCCCGGACAAAAUGGCCACCGCCGCCUCCAUCUUCACCGAGCAGAGCAGCCUGGUUAGCAAGUGCAAACGCCUCGAGCAGAAGUAUCGCAUGGCCCUGGAGCAGAAGGGUUACCUGGAGGAGCUGGUUCGCCUGAGAGAAGCCCAACUAUCUGAGGCAGUCUCUCGUAACAAAGCUCUUCAGCAGAGCCUUGCAGACACACACCUUUCUCACACCCUGGAAAAGGAGCAGCUUGAAUACAUCAUACUGGAACUACAGGACCAGCUCACAGUGAUGAAGAACAACGAUUUGCGGUCCAGACAAGAGCUGACAGCCCAUCUGACCAAUCAGUGGCCGUCUCCCGACGCCCUGGAGGUGAACGCUGUUGCCUUGGACACGCUCCUGUACAGGAAGAGGACGGGACAGUGGGAGGAGAAGAGUUUCCAGAGUCUGGAGCAGCUGUCUGUGGACAUGAGCCUCUCCCAGACGUCUCUAGAGCCGUCACACACACUCAGCCUCGAGACCAGGCCGGCCAGCGCACACUGGCCACACCACGGUAAAGAGGAAACUCCGUCUCUCCGAGGUCUGUGUGGCUCCCUGACCUCAGUCGCCAGCUACAAGUCUCUGGCCAGCCUGAAGUCCAGCGAGUGUUUGGCCAGUCCCACCACAGAGAUCAGCAGCCCGGGCCUCACUCCCUCGUAAAGAACCGAGACCCAGCCACCAGGUCGCAAAAAUCCAAGAACUCAAUGAAUACAGAUCAUGAUGAUUCACUGUUUCUGCAAGUUGUUUGCUUCCGGUAUGCAAAGCCCAGAGCUUUAAAGAGAUGGAAGUUUGGAAAUCUGAUAUCAGAAGUGCAAGUCGAGAACGAGGCGUACCUUGCUGCUUGAAUUGUGUUAAAACUUUGACCAGCUCCACCCGUCGUCUUAUAGUCGUGCGUUUCAGUUGAACCACCACUCAACCUCCGUUUAGAGGAUCUUUACGAGCUGUUAACCUCAGAGAUAUGCGUUAGAUUCAUUUGAUAUUGUUUGGUGUUUUCAUUUGUGGAGCAUCAAAUUCUGUUUCCUGUUUUUUUUUUUUUUUUUUUUUAAAUCUGAACUGAUAAAAUAAGAGGAAGGUUGAUCUAUUGAUUACCGUGUCACUUUACAGCACAGAGAAGCAAGAUACUGAACGUGUCCUUAGUUGACUGAAGUUUUUGUUGCUGUCAUGAAGAGAAGAGUUUGCCAGGAGAAAAUAGCAUGUUGUAAUAGUGUGUGAUGACCACGGAUCAGAUCAGACAGGAGUCUGUUAAACAAACAAACAAACAACAACAACAAAAAAAAAAACAUUAGUUUUGGUCUGUUUUCUUUGCUAAUUGUGUCUUGCAGUUGAAAGGCUCCUUUCAUCUCUUCCGUGCUACAAACUCAUAGAUCGGCUGCCACAUAAUUUCUCGCAAUUAUUUAUCUGUGCUCACCGCUUUGAAUCAUGAUGUUGAAUGUUCCUGCACUUUGUCAACAUUUAAUCAGUGUUAUGUUAUCAGUGUUGUGCAUACCGCAGUAUCAGAUUGUUUUGGUCUCAGGUAAUUAUCACUUAAAUAUGAGAAAUGCUCACUCUGCCAUUCUGGGUUUAAGUUCAGCUUUAUCAAAACACAGACUUAUGUGAUUCUGUUCCCUUUAAUUCUCAAAAUGCAGUAUUCACUUUUCAAGGCUAGAUGAUCACUGUUAAAACUCAGAAAUGAGCAGAUUACCCAGCAACAGGCAACUUGUUCACUUGAGCAGAUAUUUGAGAAUGAGAGACGUGUGCGUUUCUCAUUCUCAAAUACGGAUAAUCAGUAGAGUACAGAUAAUCAAUAGCUCCAGGCCGCGUACCUCAGUAGUGAACACACAACUGUACUAUUUGCCUUCAGCUCAUUCCAGCAGUCAUUUGCACAUACAGCUUUACUACGGUUUUAAUGGAUUUUUUGCCUUUUUAUCCUUUAUUUUGAAUAAACUCUGUACUUGACAAAA